AUGGUUAAAAGAAAGCUUGGAGCCUUGGAGAAGGUUGAGGCUGACCUGUCCUACAUUGAAGAUUUUCGCGCCCAACACUACCAAUAUGAGUCGCACCGGGAGAUUUUCAUGGCGGCGCCCUCCGCGGCCACGGACACUGGCAUCAUCUCAUUGAGAGAAUUAAUUGAUUUCAUCUCUCAUGUCGCCGAUUGCUAUCCUGAGAUUUUGAAAGAUUUCCCACGGCAGUUGAUCGACAUGCUCAUGCAGCACCACCUGGUCUUAGAGCAGGAAUUGCGGGAGAAGCUUGUCGGAAGUAUCGUGCUGCUCAAGAAGAAAGACCUGAUUGACUCCGCAACGUUGCUUCAUACCCUGUUCCCUAUUCUGAUUUCCACCCCCAGCAAGACUCUUCGGGCUCUUCUGUUUCAGAAAAUCCUCUCGGAGCUGCGCCAGGCAAACUCAAAGACAACGAAUCACAAGCUAAAUCGAACCAUGCAAACUGUGCUGUUCAAUUUGGUCACGUCGGACCGUACUUCCUCCAAGGCGCUGUGGGCCAUCAAGUUGACCCGAGAGCUGUGGAAGCGUCAGAUCUGGACCGAUGCCAAAGCGGUCGAGGUCAUGAAAGAAGCAGCCCUUUCGGAGAAUGAGAAGGUCAUUGUCGGUGGUGUGCGCUUUUUCCUCGGCGGCGACAAAGAGCGCGAGGAUAUGGAAGACGAAAGUAGUGACGAAGAGACCCUCGAUAUUGGUCGCCUUCGACACACUCUCCAGAUCAACAAGAAGUCCAAAAAGAAGGCUCGUGUGGCAGAGAAAGCCAUGGCUACGCACAAGAAAAAGGAGCGCAAGAAGACUCAACCACACCCUCUUAAUUUCUCGGCACUUCACUUGCUUCACGAUCCUCAGGGAUUUGCCGAAACCCUUUUCAGCAAGCAUCUGCAAAGCAGCAAGUCCAAGCUCAAUCUGGAGCAAAAACUUCUCGUGUUGCAACUAGUCUCGCGACUGGUCGGUCUACACAAGUUGCACAUCAUGUCCCUUUAUUCCUACUUCCAAAAGUUCCUCACGCCACGUCAGCCUUCGGUGACUUCAUUCCUUGCGUCGUUAGCACAGGCGACUCACGAUUUGGUACCUCCUGAUGUCCUGGAACCGCUGGUCCAGAAGAUUGCCAAUGAGUUUGUCUCAGAGGCAUCCGCGGGAGAGGUGGCCACGGCCGGUCUGAACGCCAUUCGGGAGAUUUGCGUUCGCCAACCUCUUGCUAUGAAUGAGACGCUACUUCAGGAUCUCGUGAUGUAUAAGAAGAGCAAGGACAAGGGUGUAAUGAUGGCGUCCAAGGGCUUGCUCAGUCUCUACCGUGACGUGGGAGCCCAGAUGUUGAAGAAGCGUGAUCGUGGUAAGGAAGCGUCCAUGGGUCUUCGGUCUGGCGAGAAAGAGCAAAGACGGUUCGGUGAACAGGAAACUGGUGGCAUCGAAGGUCUUGAAUUGUUGGAGAAGUGGAAGGAGGAGGAGCGUCGCAAAAAACGCGAAGAGAAGGGCUUGGCCUCCGAUGACGAGGACGAUGACGAUGAUGAAAAUGACUGGGCUGCAUGGAAUGUCGAGGACGAUAAUGACAGCGAUGAUUCUGGCGGCUGGAUCAAUGUUGAAAGCGAUGCGGAGAUUGAGUUGAGUGAUUCUGAAGAUGAGGGCAAGGAUAGACCAUCCAAGAAGACCAAGCAAGACGACCCCGAGACCAAGAAGGACGAGAACAUCGCCGCUGAAGAGAAGAAGCUUUCGACACUUGCUACCACCCGAAUCCUGACCCCGGCCGAUUUGGCGAAGCUUGCGGAGCUUCGCGCUCAGGCAUCCGUCAACACUGCGCUGAAUGGCACAAAAUCCCGCCGUGGAGGUCUCCCUGCUGCUCGUCAUACAGAUGACCCGUUGACUGCUCAAGAGAUUGAGGGUCUCGCUGCUCUGUCUGCUGCAAAGGCCACCCGUGAAGAGCGUAUUGCUCAUGCACGCGAGGGUAAGCCUGACCGUGAUGAGCACAAGAGCAAGGAAGCUCGCCGUCGGGAGCGCAAGCAGGAGCAAGGCAAGAGUACUACCAACAAGGAGAAGGCUCGUCGCAAGAACUUCCUCAUGACUUUGGGCAAAGCGAAGAGCAAGAACAAGCGUAGUCUCGUCGAGACUCGAGCCGUGCUCAAGGCACACCAUGAUCGUCAAAAGAGAGGUGGUAAGCGUGGUAACGUUGGAAAUUAA